UGCGUUGGCUAUGCCGGCCACGAUGCCGGCUACGUUUUGUGACUUGCGUCUUGAGUCGUUGCCAACGCUACAAUAGCAAGCGUCAGCAGCGGAGAGUACUGUGGCACCAAAACCUCUCACAAUGACGAAACUGAUGCAAUGGUUGCUCGGACUGAGCCUAUUUGUGACGAUUUGGGCCACUCUGUUAUCGGAACGACUGCUGCAGUCCACUUCCAGUUACAGGCUUCACAUCUGGCUGCUACCACUUUACGCCUGCUUGAUCUUUGGGGUUUAUGCAGCAUCUGUCGUCUUGUACCGAGUGUUCACCUUCAACAACUGCGAGGCGGCGGCUGUAGAACUAAGAAAGCAAAUUGUGGAGGCGAAAGAAGACCUCCAGAAAAGGGGUUACAAGUUUGACUGACUACUGCUGUGGCCCUGACGGCUGGUUUUCUUUAAUAAAUUAUUUUUACACUUC